AAGUAUGGGUAGCCAUAUGUUUGUUGUUAUUCUACCCGUGUUAGGUGUUGACAAAGGAAGUCAAAAGAUCCAAAACUUUGCAUGAUACAAGUCCGAAUAAGGGAACGGCUGAAGAGAAACCUAGUACAUAAAUUUCACACAUCGUCUCACGAAAUAAAAGAAUCUAUUUCAGGAGAUAUAGAUCUGUCAAGAGCCCUAUAAGAUGGAAAUUACAAGAUGGAUAACAUGUUCAUUUCUUGCAAUUUUAAAUUUUGCGGAAGCAUUUGGAUGGACCGAUACCUAUGAAUUUGGAAAGGACUGCACGGUUUUCUGGAAAUACUUGGAUGAGGAUGAUCGGAUUUACGUUGGAUAUAACGGAAGGGACGUUUCAUUUGUCUGCGAUGAUUACUCCUUCAAAGGAAAGGGAGAUGAAAUAUUAGAUGAAUAUGAAGUCUGCGUGACUCCUUUAAAUUUUACUGAUCCAAAUUGUGCCGUGCGAUUAGAUUAUAAAACUACAUAUGGCGGCAGCACGUUACAGAGUGUAACAUGUACAGAAAAUAACAACAAGAAAUACUGCGGCCCCCAGGACGAAACUUUCUACAUAUUUUUUGAGAAACGUAGUGGAAAAGACACAUCAAAUGCCAAAUUUAAGCUGCUUAUUACAACCAACAAAGUUUUUGAUUAUGGCGCUGUAGUUGGAGCUAUCGCUGGUGGAGUAAUCGGUGGUAUUGUUUUGAUCUCACUGCUGACUGGACUUGUUUGUUGGUGUGUGUGUAAGAGAAAGCCCACACAAGGACAGGUGUUAACCCCAAGUCAGGGAAAUCAAAUUUCAGUGGUCAACCAACCAGCGUAUCCACAACCAGCUUAUCCACAAGCAGCGUAUUCAACACAACCGGCGGGUAACAAUGUAACCCUCUAUCCGACAGCAAACUACGCAACACAAUAUUCAACAGGGUAUAAUACACAACCUCCUCUCCAAUCCCAGCAGGCAGGUGACUGGCAAACUACAGAAAAAACACCAUCCGCCCCUCCACCUAGCUAUAGUAGUGUGACGUGAUUUCAUUUUCUUGGGGAAUCUUUAUCUUGAUAUUUCAGUCCAGCUCCAGUUUUCUCCUUUGUUAGAAGCAUAUUUUUAAAGUGACAUUUAAUGGAAUUAUAUUGUAUAGCUCAUUCGAAGUUUACCAUUGGUGAUUUGCUUAUGCGCUCCUCACCAGAAAAAAAAAACCCUCCACUUUAAGUAGAUAGCGUUACACCGUAACACGGUGUUGAUUUUGUAUAUAUUACUAGGUAUGUGAGCAGUGUUGACCGAUACAUUCAUGAUUGUAAAAUAUUUAGCAAACGUAUGCAUUAUUAUACCCCCCGAACGAAGUUCGGGGGUAUAUAGGAAUCACCCUGUCUGUCUGUGCAGAUUCAUGUCCUGCCCCUAACUUCUUUGUUCUUUGACUUAGGCAUACCAUAUUUGGCACACAGGUGGAUCACCAUGAGAUGAUGUGUCGACUACCUUCAUGACCUCUAUAAGACCUUGACCUCAAGGUCAAAUUUAAAAGUUUUUUACAAUGGAUUCGUGUCCAGGCCAUAACUUCUUUGUUCUUUGACAUAGGCAUACCAUAUUUCACUCAUGAGUGUAUCACCAUGAGACAAUGUGUCAUGUACCUUCAUGACCUCCAUAUGACCUUGACCUCAAGGUCAAAAUUACAAUGGAUUCGUGUCAGGGCCAUGACUUCUUUGUUCUUUCACAUAGGCAUACCAUGUGGCGUCGGUGGCCGAGUGGUUAGGCCGUCAGACUCUCGACCGAAAGGUCGUUGGUUCGAGUCCUAGCCGCGGCAGGUCUGACGUUGUGUCCUUGGGAAAGGCACUUUACAUGAAUUUCCUCACUCCACCCAAGUGUAAAAGGGGUACCUGUCCAUAGACAGUAAAAGAUAUUGUUAGAAUGUUAGUGCUCUAGCGCUUGUAAUGGCAGCUUGCACUGUAUGCUUCCUAGGAGGCCGAGACAGUUCUAGAUUGAUAUAAGGUCUGGCGGGAUAAUAAUGUACAUUGAUAAUUGUAAAGCGCUUUGAGCAGCAUACGCUGGAUAAGGCGCUAUAUAAAACCAAUUAUUAUUAUUAUUAUUAUAUUUGACACAUGAGUGUAUCACCAUGAGACGAUGUGUCGGGUACCUUCAUGACCUCUAUAUGACCUUGAACUUUGACCUCAAGGUCAAAAUUGAUUAUAGGAUUUUGACAUAGUCAUACCAUAAGACAAGGGUUUAUCAGCAUGAGACUGUGUGCCAUGUACAUUCAUGACCACUUUAUGACCUUUGAUCUCAAGGUCAAAAUUAUAGGUUUAUGCCAUGGAUUUGUGUUCGGACUAUAUCUUCCAUUUUCUUCUACAAAGGCAUACCAUUUUUUUACACUCAGGAAACAGGUAAUUUAUACCUAUUAACAACACCCUUUGGGAGAUUGGUGUAAGCGGGGGGUAUUCUUAGUGAGCAUUGCUCACAGUACCUCUUGUUCUAUCAGAUUUUUCAGAUUAAUUACACAGAACUGUUCUACAGAUAUACGAGUAUGUACAGGUUAUACAGUCACUUAACAGUACAAAAUCAAAACCUUAUCUUGAUCCCACCAUAGUAUGUUUAGAAUAUGACCUGUAUGUUUAUGAACAGAAUGAACGGUUAUACACCUAUUAUUUUAACAUGAAGCGGCAACGUACUGCAUUGCUAUCUUUACGUUUUAAGAAUGCUUUUCUAUUUUUGUGAAAUCGUCGGCCACCUGAUUGAACAUAAAGGUGAACCAGCAACAUACUGUGUUGGGUCGUCAGUUUCAUUAGAGUGCAGUCACUACAAAGUUUCAACUCAAACUGAUUAUACAAAACAUUUGAUAUCAAUACAGUUAGGGGUUCAGAUCGUGAAGGAUGUUGUAAAUUUAACAAGGGGAAGCACUGUAUUAACUGGAUUUUCAUGUUCAUAUAGGGUUUUAUGAUGAGGUUUGUAACCCUUCAUAAAGUUAAGAUGCUGAAUUUAUUAGACUGAAACUGAAUUUAUUUACAUUUAUAUAUAUGUAGAGAGAAAUAAAUAUACAUUAUAUAAACAACAACAGACGGAAUGCAAUGUAAAUAACCAUAACACCAAAUAUCUAGAAGUUGGAAAUUUUCUCGUAUGUUCUAUCCCAAGCCUAAACUUGUUUGUAAACCAAUUAUUUUGUUUUAUUGAAGUUUUAUUGUAACACCCAAUAAUAGUUUAUAGUCUGGCUAGAUUGGCUCAGUUAGUUACAGCAAUGUGCCAUAUUUUAAACACUAUACUUAAUUAUUUUAUGUUAAACAUUAUUUUAAACACCAUGCUUAAUUAUAUGAUGUUAAGCAGCUGUAAUUCUAUAUAUUUCACAUAUGUUGUCUAUGACUCUGAAUUAAAUUAAUAGCAUAUACAUUUAUGUAUGUUAUAUCAAUAUAUGCAUGUAUUCUGAGUUAUACACGGUAUUUCAAUAUGAAAAUUGGUUCGUAAAUGCCUGGCUAGAAGUUGCUUGUUUACAUGGUUGUAAAUUAUUCUAAGGCAUAUUUCAAUUUAUUCCAUAAAUUACUCUUUGUAAAGUU